CGCUUCGGGUACGCUUGUGACGUUAACGUUGGCGCAAAGCGUGCGGGGUGAGCGAGUACAACGCCAAAACGCGCACGAACGCAAGCUCGGAGGGUCGAGUUGAAGAUCUUUGUCCCGAGCGAACGCCAAUGUCGAGCGACACCACGGACGCGCACGACGCCGCGCACGCCGAGAGCGAGCUCGAGCACAUGAUUUCGAGCGCCAUGAGCGCGCUCGCGAGCUCGGCGCUCGUCGGUGAAACUGACGGUCGGGCGAAGCGGCGAGGCAACGUCUCCGGGUCGACGGCGACGCUCGCGAACUGCGCCAUCGGCGCGGGAGUGCUGGCGACGCCGUUCGCGGUGAGUAAGUUCGGCACCGUCGGUGGUGGAAUUGUCGUACUCAUCGCCGCGCUACUCGUCGCGUACACGCUCGUCGUGCUCGUGCGAGCGGGAUCGGCGUUCGAGUCCACGUCGUAUCAAGGCUUGGUGCGCGACGCGUUCGGAACUCGCGCGUCUCGAUUCGUGAGCGGGACGUUGGUGGUGUACUUGUUCGGAUCGUGCGUGGCAUAUUUGAUCAUCAUCGGUGAUUCGUACGCGAAAGUGAUGAGCGCGGUCGCCAGCGCGGGGUCGAGCGCGUGGUGGGGAAGUCGACGAUUCGCCAUCGCCGUCGGAGCGACGUUUUUGGUGACGCCGCUGAGCUUACUUCGAGAGAUGAGUCGGUUGGCACCGGCGAGUGCGGUAGCCCUGGUUUCGCUCGCGUACACCGCCGCGACGAUCACGUGCAAAGGAAUGACCCGCACUUCUGGCGGUGAUGACGCCAAAGCCGUGGCUUUCAAAUUCAACACCGAUUCCAUCUCCGCCGUGCCCAUCGUCGUCUUCGCGUUUCAGUGCCAUAUUCAAGUCUUGGCGAUUUUCUCCGAGCUAUCGGCAGAUUCCGCCCCUGAACCGCAUUUCGAAGACGACAUCGAACCUAUCGAUGGCGACGCUAGGCAAGCCACCGAGGCGCGACGCCUCAGUCGAAUGUACACCGUCAUCGCGCUCGCCGUCGGCGCGUGCUUUUGGGGCUACCUCCUCGUGGGCGAGUUCGCGUACGUGUCGCAUCCAAACGUGACGUCUAACGUCCUAGAUAGCUACGGCAAGGAUGACAAAGCCAUGAUGGUGGCGACAAUCUUCAUGGGCUUCAGCGCCGUCGCAUCGUUUCCGGUGAAUCAUCACGCCGCGCGCGCGGCUUUGGACGACUUACUUGCGGAGGCGUUUGGUUGGGAGGUGUGCGCGCCGGGACAAGCGCCGGUGACUCGUCACGCGACGCAAACGUUCGCGUUCGUCGUCUUCACCACGCUCGUAGCGUUCGCGGUGGAAGAUUUAGGAAAGGUAUUCGAGUUCAUCGGUGCCACGUGCGGAAGUCUCGUCAUGUUCGUGAUCCCAGCCUUGCUCUUGCUGCAUCCGAAGAUGCGCUCGUCGAAGGCCGCGGCGGACGUCGAGGAGCCGGCGGACGAUUUGCUCGAUGGUCUGGACGACGUCACGAGGGAACUUUUGAGUUCCGCUCGCGAUCUUCUCGAACAGGAUUUUGACGAGGAAGGUAACAUCCUUCCAUCAGGCGACGAUGCGAACGCGUCCUUCGCGGCAAAACCGGGAGUCGGAACCGUCGUCGUCGCCGGCGCGCUGAUUUUAUUCGCGAGCUUUGUGGCGAUUAGCAACGUGUAUGUGCUGCUUUUCAGCGAACAGAAGCGCGAUUCGUAGACGCU